AGUUGUCCUUCACUCCAUGGAACACAACUACAGCAAUGAAAGUGUAAAGCGAGAAGGACACAGGACGUUCGGCAGGUCAUGGAGCAGUUCGAUCCACACCAAAGGGAGAAGAUGAAGGCCUCAAUGAGUACGUUGGAGUACGAGACGAAAGAGGCAGAACUCCUCAUUAUGAAGGAGACUUACAGCAUAAAAGAGGAGACUCAAGACAUAAAAGAGGACACUCACGACUUAAAAGAGGACACUCACAACUUAAAAGAGGCCUUAGAGCAUAACAAAAAGGCCUUGAAGAAGAAGGAAGAGGCCUUGAAGGAGAAGGAAGAGGCCAGACUCCUCAUUAUGAAGGAGGCUGACAGCGAAAGAGAGGAGACUCACGACUUAAAAGAGGCCUUGAAGGAGAAGGAAGAGGCCUUGAAGGAGAAGGAAGAGGCCUUGAAGGAGAAGGAAGAGGCCUUGAAGGAGAAGGAAAAUGCCUUACACCUCAUUAUGAAGGAGAAACAAAAGGCCUUACUCCUCUUAUUGAAGGAGACUGACAGCAUAAGAGAGGAGACUCGCGACAUAAAAGAGGAGACUCACGACUUAAAAGAGGUCUUGAAAGAGAAGAAAGUGGCCUUGAAGGAGAAGAAAGUGGCCUUGAAGGAGAAGAAAGUGGCCUUGAAGAAGAAGAAAGAGGCCUUGAAGGAGAAGGAAGAGGCCUUACACCUCAUUAAGAAGGAGACUGACACGACAUAAAAGAGAAUCAUGCCAUUUAUUUUGGCCGUACACGCUCUUUCAGCUCAGUGAUCAGAUGAAUGCUUAGUCAGUAGAAAAAUGAUGGCUGGCAAAUCCACUUCCACAAUACACCCCUGAAGAAUUGUACAUCCAACUGUUAUGUGCAAAUACUGUAAAUGACAUGGAUUUAAAGAGAAACUUUCCUGGAUGACAUUCUCAGAAUAAAAGUGUAUCUGUGUAAGCUAACUUCCAUUUUGCAAGAGAGUAAUCACCUGUGAUUAAUCAGAUUUGUUUUUAAAUCAUUUGACAGCUCUACGAAAAACAUUGACAUGCAAAUCCAACUUUCCUCUGCUGACGGUGGGCCCUGAAGGCAUCCUUGGUGCAGCCAGCGCCAUCCAACAUCACACUGAUUGUGAAAGACAAAGAAUCUUGAGUUUUAAGGAGAAUGCAUACAUGUUUAAGAGUUCUUUCUUUAACAAUAGUCAUGUUUAAAGCAGCUAGUAUUUUUCCAUUUAUACACUGUAUACUUGUCUCUCUUUGUCUGCAGACGUCUGUGUAGUGUCU